UGAGGAGUCUUUUUAAACCCAAAAAUAUUUAAAUAAAAUAGCCUCAUUUUGUAUUGCGAUUGCUCGAGAAAUCCCUAUACAAAAGCUAUUGUUUUGUUGCUUUCCAAAGGAUGGUUCAGUGGUUGAUUUUGUUAGUGCAAAGGCUAGAUCAACAAGGCGCUUCAUUGUAUUCUAUGGUCCAGGAUCAUAGAGCACAGAAGCCAUCUAGGCGGCUUUUCGUCAAGGCUUUGAGAGAAGAGACGGAUGGAGGUAGGAGCAGCUCACCAGGCCGGAGUUGGGGGCCUGGAUUGGAAAUUGAGGUCCCAUUUGAACAAAGACCGGUGAAUGAGUACUCAUCUCUGAAAAAUGGAGUUCUGUACUCAUGGGGCGAACUGGAACCAGGGCCCUUUUUCCUUCGCGUGGGAGGGUUAUGGUUAGUAACUUUCACUAUUCUUGGAGUUCAAAUAGCUGCUGCAAGCUUUGAUCCUACAAGAGAACCUUUAAGAUUUGUACUAGCUGCUGGAACAGGAACUCUCUUCCUCGUAUCAUUGAUCCUUUUAAGAAUUUAUCUAACAUGGGUCUUUGAGUGUUUUCUUGAUAGAGACAUGGUAGCCAAACCUAAGUUCAAGCUUGGACCAUACUCAGGACUCAGGAGUGGUUGGAGUUAUGUUGGUGACAGACUUCUAUCAGCUGUGGUACCAUAUGAAGAAAGUGGAUGGUAUGAUGGUCAGAUGUGGGUAAAGCCACCUGAGGUCCUGGCUCGUGAUAGACUGUUGGGCUCAUAUGAGGUUAAACCAGUCAUCAUGUUGCUGAAACAGACACUAGUUGGAACAGGGGCCUUGCUUAUAACAGGAGUAUUGCUAUUUAUCUGCGCCACACCAGUGGAGACUUUCUUCAGAAAUACCUAUGCCACAGAAGGGAACUCAACAAAUGUCCAGGCUUUAAAAACAAACACAAAGUUCAACAUAAGAAAAGAAGAGUUGCUUCAACUGCCAGUGGAGGUUAAGCAAGAUGAUGAUCUAGCAGAAGCUGCUGAUGGAAGACCAGUCUACUGUAGGGAUAGAGUUUACCGUGCAUUAGCAGGAAGGCAAUACUGCAAAUGGGAAGAUCUACUCAAAUGAUUAGAUUGUAGAGUUGGUUCAAGGUGGGGAAUGGAGGCAUCAAUUAUUUUGAAUUGAAUCAUUUUCGUCCAUUCCUAGCUUAAGAAAGUGGAAAAUAUCUAACAUAAUGGGUUCAUGUCUAUCCAACCCACAUGGUCUUACAAAUUCUCGAGACUAGUAUUAAUCAAUCAAAGCAAGUACCGAUAAUAUUUUCUGGAAGUGCUAGUUGCACACUUCCAUAUCUUGAUAAAAGAAAAAUGAAGCAUAAGGUGAGAG